AUGAGGAAGGAGAUGAUCAUAAGGGUGCAGACGGUCUCUGAGAAGGGCCACAGCAAAGCUAUCAAGGUGGCCGCUGCAAUCUCAGGGGUGGAGUCGGUGACGAUCGCCGGCGAGGACAAGAACCUGCUGCUGGUGAUCGGCGUCGGCAUCGACUCGGACCGCAUCACCAAGAAGCUGCGCCGCAAGGUGGGCCACGCCGAGGUGGUGGAGCUGCGGACCGUCGAAGCCGCCGCCGUCGCGGACGACCUCGUCGGCGGCCGCGUCAUCGCCGCCGAACACGCGUACCGCUACCACGCGAGCCCGAGCCCGAGCCCCUACAAGCAUCACCACCACUCGGGUGCGCGCGACCACUACUACGGCGGCGGCAUGGACCACUACUACGCCGGCGGGUCCGCGUACGCGCCGGCGCCGCCGCUCUACCACGGCGGGGGAUACCCGGCGCAGUACCAGCAGCACGACUACUUCUACCACCCGGCGGCCGCCAACACGCACACGGUGGUGCACCACGAGUACGCCAGCGACCCCAGCGGCUGCUCGAUCAUGUGA